AUGGGGAAAGGAAUACUUGCAUAUGCCCUGCUGGCUUUGGGUAGCGAGGCUUCUGUGAUCUCACAGCUCUCCGGCCCUGGAAGGUUGACUGGCUCUAACUUUGGAAUCGUGGGAAAGAAUGCAACGUACGAUUAUGUUAUUGUUGGAGGUGGACUGGCAGGCUCCGUCGUAGCUUCACGACUCACACAGUACAGUAACGCAUCCGUAGCGUUGGUGGAAGCUGGAAAUUUCUACGAGUUGAGCAAUGGCAACUGGAGUCAGAUCCCAUACUGGUCGGAGCAAUGGGUCGGAGCUGAGGAAGACGAUUGGCAGCCGAACAUUGACUGGGGCCUUUUCACCGAGCCACAGGUCAACGGCAAGAGUAUCCAUUAUGCUCAAGGAAAGAAUCUGGGUGGCAGCAGUGGCAGAAAUCAGAUGAUGUACCACCGGCCUACGAAGGGUGCUUAUCAGCUCUGGGCAGACACUGUGGGCGACCAGGCCUACACCUGGGAGAACAUGACGAAGUAUCUGGAACGGAGUAUGCGUUUCACUCCGGAUGCAACGAAUCGAACUGCGUACAAGGGAGAUAUGGUCUAUGCCACGGACGCAUACUCUCCCACUGGAGGACCACUCCAUGUCAGCUACCCGAAAUAUGUCAACCCUCUGAGUCGAUAUGGCCAGCAGGCUUUUGCUGCCACCGGACAAAAGCAACUCCCUGGUUUCGCAAGUGGUGAUCUAGAUGGCUAUGGCUGGUGGCAGUUCACGAUCGAUCCGACGACCGGACUCCGUAGCUCUGCGGAGAGUUCAUUUUUGGAGCAGUCUUUCGGUCGUAGAGGCUUGACCACCUACGUCAACACUAUGGGCCGCAACAUCCUCUUCCAGAACGGCACUGCGAAGGCUGUCAAUGUUACUGGGCUUGGAGGCGAGCGACCGUUCACAUUGACUGCAACGAGGGAAGUUAUCGUGUCUGCUGGUGCGUGGCACUCACCACAGCUACUAAUGGUCUCUGGAAUUGGCCCGAAGGCGACUCUGCAAAACUUCAGCAUCCCCGUGGUGAAAGAUGCACCUGGUGUAGGACAGAACAUGUGGGAUACAACGAACCCCGGAGGCCCAGUCUAUGAGAUUUCCGUUGCUGGGUACUCUACAUGGCAGCAAGAAGGGUUCAUGGAUGAAGCAAUCAGCCAACUGGUGUCUAAUGGAAGUGGGCCACUUACCAAUAUCGGCUUAGACAUUGGCAACUGGGACUUUCUUCCCGGUGCAAAUCUCAGCAACAGCACCCGCGAAGCACUCAAGUUCUUCCCAUCCGACUGGCCGAUCAUUGAAAACUCCCUGUCCAGCUCUGGCUCCAUCUUGACCGCAACCAGCGGACAGACACAAUACGGCGCUGUCGGCUGCCUUCUCAUUGCAGCUACCAGCCGCGGAAACAUGACGAUUCAAUCUGCGAGCAACAUGGAUCGACCAAUUAUCAAUCCCAACUGGCUCAUGAACAAAGAAGACCAGGAGGUCGCCGUCGCUGCCUACCGCCGUGCUCGAGAAGUAUGGGCAGCGAUCCCCGACGGCAUCAAGGUCGGAGACGAGGCGUUCCCAGGCGAGAACGUAACUACCGACGCUCAGUUGCUGGAAGCAAUAAAGAAGAAUCUCACACCUAUUCACCACGCCAGCUCGUCUUGUGCCAUGGGCAAGAACAGUGAUCCGAUGGCCGUUGUGGAUUCGAAGGCCAGAGUUUUGGGUGUGCAGAAGUUGAGAGUCAUCGAUUCGAGCAGUUUCCCAUUCACGCCGCCGGGACACACGCAGGGUGUUACAUAUGCUCAUGCGGAGAAAUUAGUGGACGAUGUGCUGUCAGAUUACUACACUUCAAUGGGGAUGAGAUACAAUGCGACGGCCGGCACUUAA